CGGGCUCCCCUCUUGCAUUAGACCGAGCUCACGGCGGAAAAGCGAGAGCUGUACAGCGGCAAAGAGGACUUUUCUGUCAGGAGUUUUCAAGGCAUUAUAAGACAAGAAGGAAACCAUCUAAAGGGAUUACUUCAGCGAAGACCGGAUUAAAGAAAAACUCGAACUAAACCAAAUAUACCUGGAAUCAUGACUCUGAACAAAGGGGACAAACUUCGCAACAUGGACAAGAGACGAGGAAGUACGCCGUUCCCCGUCCACCUGCAGACCCUGCACAGGAGAAGCAUGCCCGUUGACGAUCGUGAGCUCCGUUCAACGGCGCCGACCGGAGAACUGUCCAAUCUCACGCGCUGCACAUCCUACACCCCCGGCGACCAGCACAGAGACGGCUGUGUGUCUGAUUCGUCAGACUCCGUCAUCUCUUCCGGCAGCGACGCCGAGGGGCAGGUUUACAAGGUGGUUAUCCUGGGCGAUCACGGUGUUGGCAAGUCCAGUCUGGCGCGGAUAUUCGGCGGCAUAGAAGACUGUCACGAUUGCGACGAACCCGGAAACACGUACGACAGGUCCAUUGCUGUCGAUGAUGAAGAAGCCUCCAUCCUCCUGUACGACAUAUGGGAACAGGACAACAGCCAAUGGCUGAGGGAUCAGAGUAUGCGCAUGGGUGACGCCUACAUCAUCGUCUACUCGGUGACGGACAAGGCCAGUUUCGAGAAGGCCUCGGAGCUGCGCAUCCAGCUGCGAAGGGCCAGGCAGUCAGAGAAUAUUCCCAUAAUCCUCGUGGGCAACAAAAGCGACUUGGUGCGGUCCAGAGAGGUCUCCAUGGACGAGGGCAGCGCCUGCGCCGUGGUGUUCGACUGCAAGUUCAUCGAGACGUCGGCCUCCCUCCACCACAACGUGCGGGAGCUGUUCGAGGGCAUCGUGCGGCAGAUCCGCCUGCGCCGGGACAGCAAGGAGGAGAACGCGCGGCGUCUGGCCAACAGCAAGCGCCGCGAGAGCAUCGGCAAGAAGGCCAAGCGCUUCCUGGGUCGCAUGGUGGCCCGGAAGAACAAGAAGAUGGCCUUCAGGCAGAAGUCUAAGUCCUGUCACGACCUCUCGGUACUCUGAAGCCUCCAUUUUUUCACACACCUAGACCAGACGCUGUGUGUCACUGGCUUGAGUUUUUCCCCACACCAAAUCCCGUGGACUCGUAGAUUUGUUAAAAAAAAAAUAAAAAAAAUGCAUUUGCAACUUUUUAAAACUCUGAACUGAGGGGAUUAGACAUGAAAAAUAUUUUUAAAACUGAAAGUACAGACUGAUGGUGACAAAUCUGCAUGUAGCUUUUGAAGUUUUUAAUCAUUUAAAAAAAAACAAAAAA